CGCUGGGUCUCGCGAGACUCGGGACUAUAUAAGGGGACGCGGGGUUUGGCCGCCCCUUUCCGCGCCCCGGAGCCGCCAUGGACACGAGCCGCGUGCAGCCCAUCAAGCUGGCCAGGGUCACCAAGGUGCUGGGCCGGACCGGCUCUCAGGGGCAGUGCACUCAGGUGCGUGUGGAGUUCAUGGACGACACGAGCCGCUCCAUCAUCCGCAACGUGAAGGGGCCGGUGCGCGAGGGCGACGUUCUUACCCUGCUGGAGUCGGAGCGCGAGGCCCGGCGGCUGCGCUGAGCUGGAGCCGCCCCCGCUGCCCAUCGCCCGUCGGGGAUGGAGCCUGGCGCCGCUCGUCCCGCCGUGGGCGCGUGGGGAGCAGCGUGGCGGCCGGGUCACUGCAAUAAAGCGUUUUUCCAGUA